AUGGCGUCGAGCCGAAAGAUCCCUCCUUCGUCGCGCUUACCCUCAGCAGCUCCACUGUGCGUAUCCGAGCCUGUCAACAACAAUGCCCGGUAUCGGUACUUGACACUCUUAGCAGUUAAGAUUCUUGAACGCUUUCGGCCGCGCCAUGGGAACGUUCUCAUGCUAACAAGCAAACUAUGUGUGAAGUACGGGCGCCGCGUGGACUUAUCAGAGGCCUCGACAAUGCAGUUCAUAUCUCGGAAUACGUCUAUACCGGUUCCAAAAGUUCUGUGUGCAUUCAAACACUCUGGGCGGACGUAUAUACUGAUGGAAAGGAUUAGCGGGGAGAUAAUUGGCAGUGGGUGGUUGAAGCGAAGUGAGCAGUCCAAGACGACACUCCUUGCGCAGUUGGCGAAGAUGGUCACCGAGAUGCGGGAGCUUCCGCCUCCGGAGGGUAUGGGGAUUGCUUCUGUUGAUGGCGGAUCGCUUUAUGACUGCCGUGUUCCAGGACAGUCUUUGCGCUUUGGGCCUUUUAGUACUGCACAGGAAUUCCAUCGGCAUUUACGAAGAGGCAUGGAAUUUGAUCCGAGACUUGACGCCGAGGUCCAAGAUUUGGUUAAACAACAAGACGGCUCUUGGCCUCUGGUAUUCACUCAUGGUGAUUUAAGCAGUCUGAAUAUUCUUGUUCGCGGAGAGGAUAUAGUUGGUCUUAUUGAUUGGGAGACCGCUGGAUGGUAUCCCUCAUAUUGGGAAUACACCUGUGCCUACCAAGUCAAUCCGCAAAACACCUUUUGGGUUGAUGAGAUUGACAAGUUCCUACAGCCCAUACCUGAUGAGCUGGCGAUGGAAAAGCUCCGUCAGAAAUACUUCGGAGAUGUCUGA